UGUCAAGUUUCUGAAACAACUUGUCAAACAACCGGCGCUUACGUGUUUCCCUAUAACUCCCAAAUUUUCUAAUCUAAACAAAAAAUCGAAUCAAAAUGAAAAGCCUUUCGGAAGUAAUCAGUAAAUUCUACACGGACUACACGAAGAAAACGCCAAAGAAACUAAAACUCAUCGAUGCGUACUUGUUUUACAUUCUGCUCACAGGGAUUGUACAGUUUAUGUACUGCUUGCUUGUGGGCACAUUCCCCUUCAACUCUUUCCUCAGUGGUUUCAUUUCCACAGUGAGCUGUUUUGUUCUAGCAGUAUGUUUGAGACUUCAAGUAAAUCCUGAAAAUAAGAACCAGUUUUAUGGUAUUAGUCCAGAGAGGGGUUUUGCGGACUUUAUGUUUGCUCAUGUUAUUCUGCAUCUAGUAGUUAUGAAUUUUAUUGGAUAAAAAGUAACAUAUUGUAAUCAUCUUUUCUAAUAUAAUAAAUUGAACAAUUUUAUUGAUAGAAA